GCGCCCUGAGGGAGCCGGCGCGAGCCCCCGUGAGGGGGGUGCCGCUGCCUGCCCCCUCACGCACCAGCGGCCGCCGGCGGCCGGAGCGCGAAGGACGGAGGCGCUCGACGCUGCCGCCCUGUCCUCUCCGGGUUUGAAAGCAGCGCCCGGCGGGGCGGCCCGUGCCGCGCCAUGGCCCCGCCCGCCCUGGGAUUGGCGAGAGAAAGGGAGGGAGCGGGGACGCGCUAGGCCCCGGCGUGUCGCAGCGGAGCCGUCCGGCCGGCCCCAGCUGCCGCGGUGCCGCGCGUUCCGCCCUGAGCCUCUGUGCGGGCCCCGGAGGGAAGCCGAACUGAGCGAGUUGCGUGCUGCCGGCGCCGCUGCUGCCAUGGAGAGGAGAGGCGGCGGCAUUGGGAGGGGGUAACUCCGUGCCUCUUCCCCCGAUGAGACUGUGGCUGGGCUGGCUGGGCUACUACACUCUGUUCCUGUGGGUGCUAAGGUGGAGGAUGUGGUCUGGCCCUGCCAGGUACCUGAGGAGUCCUUUAUCCAGGUCCCUCUACGCGAAUAUGAUGGGCAGCCACAGCCAGCCAGCCCCGGGCGCCAGGGAGAACCAUCAGUGGUAUGUCUGCAACACAGAACAGUUGUCUGAAUCCCUUCAGCCUAUUUUUGUCCAGAGUUACCUUGACCAAGGAACACAGAUCUUCUUAAACAACAGCAUUGAGAAAUCAGGCUGGCUGUUUAUCCAGCUCUAUCACUCUUUUGUGUCCUCAAUUUUCAGCCUCUUUAUGUCUAGAACAUCUAUCAAUGGACUGCUGGGAAGGGGCUCAAUGUUUGUGUUUUCCCCAGAACAAUUUCAAAGACUGCUUAAAAUUAACCCAGAAUGGAAAUCCCACAGACUUCUCGAUUUAGGGGCUGGGGAUGGAGAAGUCACUAAAGUCAUGAGUCCUCACUUUGAAGAAAUCUAUGCCACUGAAUUGUCUGAAACUAUGAUAUGGCAGCUUCAGAAGAAGAAAUACAGGGUGCUUGGUAUAAAUGAAUGGCAAAACAUAGGAUUUCAAUAUGAUGUUAUCAGCUGUUUGAAUUUGCUGGAUCGCUGUGAUCAACCACUGACUGUAUUAAAAGAUAUUAGAAGUGUACUGGAGCCAACUAGAGGCAGAGUCAUUCUAGCACUAGUUCUGCCAUUUCACCCCUAUGUGGAAAAUGGUGGCAAGUGGGAAAAGCCCUCAGAAGUUUUGGAAAUCAAAGGGCACACUUGGGAAGAACAGGUGAAUAGCCUGCCAGAAGUUUUCAGUAAAGCUGGGUUUGCCAUAGAGGCUUUCACCAGACUGCCAUACCUAUGUGAAGGUGAUAUGUAUAAUGACUACUAUGUACUAGAUGAUGCUGUCUUCGUCCUCAAGCCAGUGUAAGUGUGUAUGAAGUACAUCUCCACAGUCUAACCCAAGAAGCAGCCUCUGAAAGAGGAGCUUGAUUUAUGGUUACUUAAAGGGUGGGAGUUUGGGAGUUGCCAUGCUUAAAUAAAUACCAUGUAAGAAAUUUAAAGGCCAAAACACUAAUGUAUUUCUUUGUAGUGUGAUUAGGAAAAGAAGGGUUGUUUUUUAAAUGGACUCUUAAGUUGAGAAUUUCUUUUUUACCAGCUCUUAAACCAACAACAGAUUCUCCAGUCUGGCAGUAAUGGGGGAUUUUUUUUAUGCUUACCUGCAACAGGGAUCAGAUGCAAACAAAAGCAAUAGUCCUAAUAAUGAUGAAGCUGAUACAGUGUGAACUGUUGUUAAAGACAUCAAAUGAAAUCUGGCAAUAAAGUUAUCCAUUCAGUUCAAGCCUGUUGAAUAUAAGCUGUUGAAAUGGAUAUUCUUCCAUGCUAAAUUACUUUCUUACUGUCAUUCUUCACAUGUUUUUAAUCAUGCUAAUAAACUUUUUUUGAGAUGA